GGUGCAGCCGCCCGUUCAUACCGCCGUUGUAACACCUUCUUUUUUUCUUUUUUUUCUUCUUUCUCCCUCAUCUUGCAUGUGUCUCUCGAGCAGUGACGAGAUCAGACGAUGGCCGAUUGCGACGCGCGUUAUGGUGAUGGUGAGUCUGAGAAGGCGCGGCUCAGAUGGGCCGCCCUUCUUAGCCCGCACCUGAUACACGCUCUAGGAACGAGCGGAUCGUACAGUCAAGACAACAUCGAAGCCCACGAGACAUUCUUCAGGAACCAUGUCUGCGGCUGGCUAGGUCGAGAGCCGUCGUCGUUGCCGCUGCGUCCUGCAUAUCCAUCGGCGCUGACGUGCGACGCUACACCACUGGAAUUAAGCUACAGCUGGAACGGCAGGACGUCGGUCGCAGUCCGCUAUGUGGUCGACUUGAUCCCGAUAAACGGGACGCUGACUCGUUCGGCGUCCCUUGCCGCUGCACUGGAAACGAUCAAUGGGCUGCGUCGGAUCGCGUUGGCCGAAGAUUAUCACGUCGAAAUGCUGCCAGAUGUGUGGGUGGCUGUGACGGCGCGCCUCGCCUACUGGGAGCACACCGUUCACCCACUGCCAUCUGCCGACCUAGCACCGUCCACAACCUCCUCGUGCGAGCUAUGCAGCCCUUCAUCCACCUUUGUCGGCUUCGACUUGACUCGUUCCGGCGCACGCGGCAAGCUAUACUGGUUGCUGCCUGCCUGUCUCUCCUCACAAGGCCUACUAGACCUUCUGGACGACGUCUUUACUCUGCUGCCAACAGACAUCCACGCCCACUGGCGUCAGGUGCGCCACUACCUGGCUUCGCAAGCCUCCAGCGUGCUGCGGCCUCGCAUGCUCUGUAUCGAUGCGACACGCUACCCAGCGCCCCGCAUUAAGCUAUACAGCCGCUGUUAUUUUGAUUCGCAUACUUCUUUUGCGACUAUAGAGCCCCACCUCACGAUGGACGGGGCCGUGCCGCUGCCGCCGCGCAGCCAUUACGCCACCCUGUGGGCAAACAUCCAGGCCAAGUACCGGCUAGACCCGCACCCGCAAUCGCGCUACUGCAUGGUCGUGUAUGACAUUCUGCCGUUGCAACUUAGGAGCAAGCUCUACUGGUUCGCCCACCAAAUGCCCUGCCGCGAUGGCGCCAUCGUCAAACACGUCUUGGCCGACUUCGCACAGCCUACUGCCCUCCUUCGUAACCAAGUCGAGGCUGGUCACAUGUCUGACGACACGACUUUUAUUAGAGAGAUCGGCGUGGCUCACCAAGGAGAUGCUUUCGACAUUGCCACUUAUGUUAGUCCUGCUUUGUUUUCUGCUUAGCUAGCUACCAGUCUGAUCAUUUUUACUGUGUCUUCCUCAUGAUUUGCAAAAGCCAUGAUAUCGCUUGUAUCUUUUGUGUUGCGAGAGGUGUGAGUGGCUCGCCGCCUGUGAGUCGCUGCGCAUGAGAGGAUGACCACUCGAUGAACACCAGAGAAGGUUACGAAUCAACGGUAAGAUGUAAAA